CUUCUCCUCAGGUGUGCAGUGGACAGACUAUAAAUCAGAGGUCCUCUUCCUCUACAGAUGAAGCUGGAACAAAUUUGGGAACUUCUGUGAACACAGCAGCAGCUGUAAAGGUGUGGGCUCUGCUAUGGAUCAAUGUGAGGACAGAGAGGACGCGGUCCCUUCUUUCAAAACCAAUCUGUGUGGUGAACAUGGCAGCCAGACCACAGCUCAGAGGGUCCAGCAGCAGAGACCAGAGUCCGAUGAACCCAGCUGUCUGUCCUUCAAGAGCGAACAGUCGAUGGAAGAUUUCAUCGAUUUCAAAGGACAAUCUCCAUCUGUUGGGGCUGAUCAUGAGAGCUCAGAGAUUCCCAGUGGUCAGUCUGCCCCGCAGUUUAAAACACACCUGGACACCAUAUUUAUGCUGGUGGAGGAAAACAUUGUCACUCUUUUGAAGAACGAGCUCAAGAUUAUGAAGAUGAUUCUGAGUCUAGAUUACCCAGAAUGCUUAGAGAGUCAGAAAGAAGUUGAGGAAGUGUUGGAUGGUGAUGAGGAAAAGCAGAGGAGAAGCAACAAAGAGGCAUUUCUGAAUAUCGCACUGCACUUCCUGAGGAAGAUGAAGGAGGAGGAGCUUGCUGAAUGUCUCCAGAGCAGAGUGUUUGCUCCAGUUUGUCAACGUGAACUUAAAUCCAACCUGAAGACAAAGUUCCAGUGUGUGUUUGAGGGCAUUGCCAAAGCAGGAAACCCGGCGUUUCUGAAUCAGAUCUACACAGAACUCUACAUCACAGAGGGAGGGACUGGAGAGGUCAAUGAUGAACAUGAGGUCAGACAGAUUGAAACAGCAUCAAGGAAACCAGACAGACCAGAAACAACAAUCAAGCAUGAAGACAUCUUUAAACCUUUACCUGGAAGAGAUGAACCAAUCAGAACAGUGAUGACAAAGGGGGUGGCUGGCAUCGGGAAAACAGUCUUAACACAGAAGUUCACUCUGGACUGGGCUGAAGACAAAGCCAACAAAGACAUACAGUUCACAUUUCCAUUAACUUUCAGAGAGCUGAAUGUCCUGAGAGAUAAAAAGUUCAGCUUAGUGGAACUUGUCCAUUACUUCUUUCCUGAAGCUAAAGAAGCAGGAAUCUGCGAGUUCAAAGACUUCCAAGUUGUGUUCAUCUUUGACGGUCUGGAUGAGUGUCGACUUCCUCUGGACUUCCACAACACUGAGAUCCUGACUGAUGUUACAAAGUCCACCUCAGUGGAUGUUCUACUGACAAACCUCAUCAAGGGGAAACUGCUUCCCUCUGCUCACGUCUGGAUAACCACACGACCCGCUGCAGCCAAUCAAAUUCCUCCUCAAUGUGUUGACAUGAUGACAGAGGUCAGGGGGUUCACUGACCCACAGAAGGAGGAGUACUUCAGGAAGAGAUCCAGAGACAAGAAGCAGGCCAACAAAAUCAUCUCCCACAUCAAGACAUCACGAAGUCUCCACAUCAUGUGCCACAUCCCAGUCUUCUGCUGGAUCACUGCUACAGUUCUGGAGGAUGUGUUGAAAACUAAAGAGGAAGGAGAGCUUCCCAAGACCCUGACUGAGAUGUACCUUCACUUUAUGGUGGUUCAGUCAAAACUGAAGAACAUCAAGUAUGAUGGAGGAACUGAGACAGAUCCACACUGGACUCUAGAAAGCAGGGAGAUGAUUGAGUCUCUGGGAAAACUUGCUUUUGAGCAGCUGCAGAAAGGCAACUUGAUCUUCUAUGAAUCAGACCUGACAGAGUGUGGCAUCGAUAUCAGAGCAGCCUCAGACUACUCAGGAGUAUUCACCCAGAUCUUUAUAGAGGAGAGAGGGCUCUACCAGGACAAGGUUUACUGCUUUGUCCAUCUGACUGUUCAGGAGUUUCUGGCUGCUCUUCAUGUCCAUCUGACAUUCAUCAACUCUGGUGUCAGCCUAAUGUCAGAGGAACAGUCAACCUCACAGAGCUCUGAGACAAGAAGAGCUGUAUCCCCGGAGAUGCACUUCUACCAGAGUGCUGUGGACAAGGCCUUAGGGAGUCCAAAUGGACACUUGGACUUGUUCCUCCGUUUCCUCCUGGGCCUGUCACUGCAGACCAAUCAGACCCUCCUACGAGGGCUGCUGUCACAUUCAGAGGGUAGCUCACAGGCCAAUCAGGCAACAACCCAGUACCUCAAGAACAAGCUCAAUGAGGAUCUGCCUCCAGAGAAAAGUAUCAAUGUCUUGCACUGUCUGAAUGAACUGAAUGAUCGUUCACUAGUGGGAGAGAUACAGAAGUACCUGAGAUCAGAAAGUUUCUUCGGAUUGAAUUUCUCUCCUGCUCAGUGGUCAGCUCUGGUUUUCAUCUUAUUGUGUUCAGAAAAAGAUCUAGAUGUGUUUGACCUGAAGAAAUACUCUGCUUCAGAUGAGGCCCUUCAGAGGCUGUUGCCUGUGGUCAAAGCCUCCAACAAAGCUCUACUGAGUGGCUGUAACCUCUCUGAGACAAGCUGUAAAGCUCUGUCCUCAGUUCUGAGCUCCCAGUCCUGUAGUCUUAAAGAGCUGGACCUGAGCAACAACAAUCUGCACGAUUCAGGAGUCAAGCUGCUGUCUCUUGGACUGAAGAGUCAACGCUGUGCACUGAAAAUUCUCAGGUUGUCAGGCUGUCUGAUCGCAGAGGAGGGCUGUGCUUCUCUGAUCUCAGCUCUUAGCUCCAACCCAUCUCAUCUGAGAGAGCUGGACCUGAGCUACAAUCAUCCAGGAGACUCAGGAGUGAAGCUGCUCUUUGCUCGAAUAGAGGAUCCACAGUGGAGACUAGACACUCUCAGGGUGGAGCCCAGUGGAGUCCAAUGGUUGAGACCAGGUCUCAGAAAGUAUUCCUGUGAACUCACACUUGACACAAACACAGUAAACAGAAGGAUCACAUUGUCUGACAACAACAGGAAGGUGACACAUGUGGAGGAGGAUCAGUCGUAUCCUGAUCAUCCAGAAAGAUUUGACCAGUGGCCUCAGGUGCUGAGCAGAAAUUAUCUGACUGGUCGAUGUUACUGGGAAGUGGAGUGGAGAGGACUGGUUUAUAUAUCUGUGACUUACCGAGGAAUCAGUAGGAGAGGAAACAGUGAUAACUGCUGGUUUGGAAGAAAUGAUCAAUCCUGGAGUCUGACCUGCUCUAAUGGUCGUUACUCUGUGUGGCAUAACAACAAAGGCACAUCCAUCACCUCUUCCCCGCCCCCAUCCUUCUUCUCGUCAUUGUCGUCGUCGUUUACAUCAUCCUCUACAUCAUCCUCCUCUGUCUCCAACAGAGUAGCAGUGUAUGUGGACUGUCCUGCCGGGACUCUGUCUUUCUACAGAGUCUACUCUGACACACUGAUCCACCUCCACACCUUCAGCACCACAUUCACUGAAGCUCUUUAUCCUGGGUUUGGGUUCAGGUUUGGCGCCUGGUCUGACUCUUCAGUGUCUCUAGUCUCUGUAGGAGGGGGAGCAUCCUCCUGUUAGAGAGGAAUUCUCACUGCUGACCAGAUAGUUCACUUUGUACAGGUUCACACACAUCUGAUGUUAGUUUGUAACAUCUCAGGGUUUGUAAAAGCAGUUUGUGUGUGGAUGUGCUGUUUGACAGUUUGUUUUUAAUGAUAGGCAGGUUGAGAUCUAGCUUGGCCUUGAGGGGUAAAACGAAAAAAGAAAAACUGCAAAACAAAGUGGUUGGUGUUAUUACUGUAAGGCUGUCUCAUUGGGAUAGCACUGGAAUAGUUUACAGUCCAUUUCGCUGUUUUUAUCACUGCAGGGUUGUUGAAAGGGCCACAUUUGUGCCACAUGAUUCUACCAACACCCCACUAAUUUCUGAAAAAAAAAAAUGUUUUUUGCUUUCUAAAUGAAUUUAUAAAUGCACUUCUUCAGGAAC